AUGGAAGGCGCUUUCCUCGUAUCCAUCUGGCCAGCGGGGUGCCCCGUUCCUCUAGAGUGUAAGGGACUUUUUGUAGUGCGUACAGGAUGCCCCCAUCUUUCUGAUGGGGCUGAGUUUAGUGACAGCGCCGGCCUGCAGAUUGCCUUUGCCGCCAAUCGAGUGCUCCAGUCUCAAACUGCAGAGCCUUCAUCGGUACACCCUCGCGACAGUUCCUCUGGCUCCUGCUGCAUGCAGACGCGCGAAACGUUAGUUGUACAUGAGGAUGCGGGUUUACAUCCUUCUCAGGGCUCCGAGGCUUGGGCAGACCUGCUCACCUCGCUGUCUGAUCUAAAAGAGGCCAGUAGCAUCAGCGCUGUAGCUGCACGCAGAGAAUGGCGUGCAUCUGUCGUCUCUCCGCACCAUGAUCGAACCCCGGACUGCAGCAAGGAAGCCGUGUUAGGCUCGCCAGACUGUCUGGCCGCCGUCAGUGUGCCUAGUGGACUGCCAGCCAUAGAUCCUACGUGGACUGACCGCUUGGAGUCAUUGGGGCCGGCUCGUGCCGCCUACGCGCGACGCGUCUGUUCAGUUUUGUCACGCCUUUGUCGUUGGCGCUGUCCUUAUGCGCCUGUUUCUUCGGAGCACUCUGCAAGCGCCAGUUCUGUCUUUCAAUCUGACCAAAAUUUACCAUCCGUGUCCUACCCAUCUGCUGCGUUCUCUCUUGUGUUUCAUUCUGACACCUUCGGGCUGUUGUUCUUUUGUAGAGACAAGCUGGGUUUGGCAUCGCUCCUGGCGGUGGAGCAGCCCCCUAGGCGUGCAGUAGAGGGGCCCCUCUUCGCAUUGACACCCUCGGCAGCAAUGUUGCGGCUGGCCGGAAGGCCUGCUCUCGCCGUCAAGGGUUCGCGCGUGCAUGUCACGGAGGUGCCCGUGGACGGGGUGUGGAUCUUGGAUCUAUGGGAGCUUGCCGAUUCGCUGCAAGAGAAGCGAGUUCUCGGCUCAGCAGUCUUGCCCUUGGGUGUCGCCUCCGAGGAAGAUCCGGAUGCUGCGUGUCUACGCAGCGCAGCUCCCUCUGGAGGGGCCACGGCGUUCUGCAUCCCAUGGGCACAGCCCAGCGUCUUACGUGGUGACCACUUGUGGUGUGCUUGCACUGACUGCUGCACAGCACGGGAGGCAUUCUGGCAGCAGCACUUUGGUGGGUGCUCCCAGAGCAGCGUGCUCUGUGGAGCACUGCGAGCUCUUGGGCCUUCUGAGACUCAACUUGAAACCAUUCUUUGGGGCCCUACAAAACUUUCCAAGGCUUUUUCUGCGGCUGAUUCCCCAAACAUCUCAUGUAGCGGGGCGGCGUUGUUCGUGGGAAACGCGACCGCGCCGACGUCUGCUGAGGUGCUGAAAUGUCUCUACAGCCAGAUCAUCGAUGCAGUGUCCAGAGCAUUGCCAGAGGCUCUCGGCAGGAUUAACGCUCACUCUGAUCUUGACGCGACCAGCACCGCUGCUGCGGCGUCCCCUGCAUUCGUGGGGCUACUCUUUUCUGGAGGCGUCGACUCGACGCUUCUGGCGGGGAUGGUGCUACGGGUCCUCGCGGCUGCCAUGGCUGCGGAAAACCCGGGCAGAUCUCCUGCGGCGUAUCCAUCGGAAAAGGCUGUUCCCCAGCAGCUGGUUGUUGUGGAGCUGGUGUCUGUUGGCUUCUCGGCAGAGGCUCCCGACCGAAUGACAGCAUUGCGGAGCUACGAGGAUUUGCUGCAGCUGCUGCAUUGCCUGGGCUCCCCCUGCAGGCGGGGAGGCGCUAGCGCCGAAGCCACACAGGGGCCGCCCAACUGCAGCCUCGUAACUAUUGGCGAGUGGGGGCUGGAAUUACGGCUUGUCGCCAUAGACGUGGGGAGUGCAGACACUGCAGAACACCGUACCCAGCUGCUGGAGGCAAUUCACCCCAAGAGAAGCCACAUGGACUUCAACAUUGCGGCUCCUCUGUAUUUCGCGUCACGGGGGGUCGGCUAUCUGGUAUCUCCUAGCUUUGGACAAAGCACAGAGUGGCGUCUGCUGCUGCGAAAUUCGGCCCUUUGGACCGACCUGCUGAUUAGGCCUCCCCCGCAUCAUCGCAUGAGGUCUCAGCCAGCGAGAAACGGGGGUGCCUCCACUCAAGGAGAUGUUUUAGAGCGUGAAACACCUGUCCAAGGGAAAAAGUCUCCAUUCAGACAGUCUUCAGAGGGCCGAGGGCGUCAAUGGGCGUGCGAUGUAUCAUGCGGGGUAUGCCGGCGGCAAGCCAAAGAGGGCUGCGCGCACUUUGCCUGCAAGCUGUGUUGCGAAAAACUGCGCAAUGUCGCGACACAGUGCGCCGAAGCAGAGGGCCCCGACGCUAUGGACAAUGGUGAGAUUUAUUUGAACGGGCGCGGAAAAAUCAAGGUCUCUGCUCUAGGGAUUGCCAUCCAGAAAACCUGCCCUGUUCACCGUAGGCGACAACUGAGGUGCACGUUUACUUCUACUGGCACUCAGAGUGGUCAACACAGCGGCUGCGGAACAGACGUUCCCGGCAAAGCGAAAGUUCCUGCUCCUUUUGAGUCGCUUGCCUCCCUGCCCUGCGGCGUUCCCCUAGCCACCACUUCUAGUGGGCGGCCAUUUAUGGCGAUGCACGCCGCAGAAGCAUCCGAGUGGUCUUCUUUGGAUCCGAGGCGCCAAAAAUGCAUCGAUGCAGAAACAGGCACCUACAUCCUGCAGAGCUCGGUGGUAUUGAUGGGCAGUGGGGCGGACGAACUCUUCGGUGGAUACGGGCGACAUAGGACAGCAAACUUGAAACAAGGAGGGGAGGCUCUUCGGAAAGAACAAAUACUGGACCUGAAACGACUCUGGUUCCGGAACAUGGGCCGCGAUGCGCGUUCCCUGGGUGCCUUUGGCCGCUUGGCUCGCUUUCCGUUUCUUGAUGAAAAUCUACUUUGUUUCGUCUGCAAAUUUGUGCCAUUUUCGCACAUUGUUCAGCCUGACCGUACUCUGUCUCGGGAAGCAGAAGGGCUCAUGCAACGGCUGUUGGCAACUGUCGACGGUCAGAUGCAAAAUCUGCAACAAGCUGGAACUUCCUCUUGUGGAACCCUGCACUCAGAGCCCGGAUCUGGGGAGAGUCUACAGGGGCCUGGAAGAGAACUGAACGCUAGGGCUGAGCACUUGAUGUCUGGCAGCAACAGCUGCAAGGGUGAGGAGGGAGGCAGUACUUUGUGUUGUGGAAACAAAUGGCUGUUGCGGCUCUGUGCAGUUCUCUGUAGGUUACCUUUCAGCUCUGUAGCGAAGAAGCGCGCUAUGCAGUUUGGCUCUCGCUCCGCUAAAGUUUCAAACAGCGAAUGCUUUUCCAGUAAUAGGAAAGCUAGAGGGGAUGCAGUCUUACACACCAGCAGUGAUUCUCAAUAG